AUGGUUCCUUCAACUUCUAAAUCAUUCCCACAACCCAAUGGUAUGCGCUCGUUCUGGCAUACAGAGCUAGAUGCCCUAGAGAAUCACCGCUCAACUGAAAGUCUCCCGAGCGAAUGUGAUGUCCUGAUAAUAGGAGCUGGGUACGCAGGCGUCUCUACCGCGUAUCACCUUCUACAUGAUAAUCCAUCACCGCCCAUUGUAGUAAUUCUUGAAGCCCGCGGGCAUUUGCGGCCCAACCGUUUUCUUCCCAUAAUAACACAUGCAAAAAAACAUGGACUUGAAGCUGCGAUCGAACUGUCUAAUUUCGAGGCCGAUCAUAUACCGGCGAUUGGAGAGGUGAUUAGAAAAGAAGGGAUUGAUUGUGAUUUCACGUUGACAAGGAGUUUUGAGGUGCUUCUUCGAGAGGACCAUUGUGAGGAGAUUGCAAGAGCAUAUAAGGAGCUCCUGAAAUUAGGAAUUCCCCUCAGACAGGAUGUGCAGUACACAUCAAAGGAUGCAGAAAGGAUAUCUGGCGUCAAAUUGGCCAAAGGUUGUUUCCACUACACAGCCGCACAUAUCUGGCCAUAUAAAUUCGUCCUACACCUCCUUUCCACCCUAACCUCCCGCGGCUCCAGCAGCGUGAACCUGCAAACCAACACGGCCGUCACCGAAAUCUCCGAAACGCCAGAUCCAGUCACAGGGGCGUGGACCGUAGUUACCGAAUCACGGGGCUCCAUCAAUGCAAAGAAAGUAAUCCUCGCCACGAAUGCGUAUACCGCAGCUAUCGCACCUCAAUAUGCAGCCGCAUCGUUACCCCUGAAAAGAAGCACCCUCCUUACUUACCCAACACGUACACCAGAUGGUAGUAUCAUUGUAGGAGGUGGAAGGAAGGACUAUGUCUCCGAUCUGGAGACACCACUUUAUUGGUGGGAAGAUAGUGAUGCUUAUACAGAACAGGUGUGGUCUGGAGUAAUGGGCUUCUCUACAGAUCUCCUCCCGCACGUGGGACCCAUACCAGGCAAACCAAAUCAGUAUAUCUUAGCCGGUUUCAGUGGUCACGGCAUGCCCAUGGCGUUCCUUACUGCAAAGGGAAUCGCCAAGAUGAUCCGUAAUGAUGAAGGGAAUGGAGACUUGCCGUUUGAAAAGACGGGAAUUCCACGAUUGUACAAGAUGACUCGGGAGAGAUUGGAGUGUGAUCGGAAUGAUAUAUUGGCGGCGAAGCUUGGGGUUGACAAAGUUAACGUGAGAGGCGAAGUGAGGGUUUGA